AUGUCUCUCAAAACAACAAAGGAAAUCUGGAAUUAUCUCAAGGCUGGAUAUGAAGGAGAUGAGAGGAUUUGUGGAAUGAUGGUCUUGAAUUUGAUUAGGGAUUUCGAGCUGCAGAAAAUAAAGGAGUCUGAGCUAGUGAAAGAGUACUCUGACAGACUUCUCAGCAUUGCCAACAAGGUGAGAUUGCUUGGUUUUAUGUUAAAUGAUUCCAGGAUCGUUGAAAAGCUGCUGGUCACUAUUCCAAAGAAAUUUAAAGCCACCAUUACUACUCUGGAGAACACCAAAGACCUGUCAAAGAGUUCUCUUACAGAGCUCUUGAAUGCUUUACAAUCACAAGAGCAAAGGAGGUCUAUGAGGCAAGAAGGGGUGAUUGAAGGGGCCUUACCUAUUAAGCAUCAAGACAACAACAGAAGACAAAAGGAGGAGGUUUCAAAAAAUCAUAUCCACCUUGCUGCCAUUGUUAGAAGAAAGGUCAUCCACCAUACAAGUGUUGAAGAAGACCUGACACCAAAUGCUCCAAAUGCAAUCAACUUGGAGAUCAAUUGA